AUGAUAACUUUGUUUCCUCUUAUCUCUUUGCAAUUAAGGAUGGAAAAGUUAGUUAUAAAGAGUAGAAGUAGUAAUGCUAAGGUAAUGGGAAGCAUAAUAUCAAUAGUAGGUGCUUUUGUAUUGACUUUCUACAACGGACCAUCAAUCUGGAAUUCCUCUUUACUUGAUCAACCAAAUGAUUUUCUCAAGUCAGUGGAUUCAAGUUGGGCCAUUGCUGGCAUUCUGCUAAUAGUGGACUAUUUUCUGGUUUCUCUGUGGUACAUUUUACAGGUACAUAUCUUGAAAGAGUUCCCAGAUGAAGUAACUUUAGUCUUGUUAUACUCCACAACUGCAAUAAUCAUAUCAAUAGUUGUAGCUUUGUUAUCAGUUCCAAAUGCAAGUGAUUGGAAAAUAGGACUAAAUCUCUCACUCAUCUCCAUACUUUCUUCUGGAAUUUUUGGAAAGUUUAUAGGCAAUAUAGUUUCUGCAUGGUCAAUUCACUUAAAGGGAGCAGUUUAUGUUACCUCAUUCAAGCCACUUCAAAUUGUUAUUUCUGUUGCUUUGGGUGUUAUAUUCCUUGGUGAUUCUCUUUAUGUUGGAAGUAUAAUUGGAGCCACAAUAAUCUCAAUUGGUCUUUAUGGUGUAUUAUGGGGCAAAGCAACAGAAGAGAUAGAGGAAGAUAUUGGUAGUUUGGAGUCACCUUCUACAGAGAAUGCACAUGCCCCUCUUUUGCAAAAUUACAGAACUUAA